AUGAACUCUCUGCGGACAACUUCAUUUCGCUCGCUUGCCCCCCUCCUCCGCCGCCUCGACACUCCCCGCGCUCAUUCCACCUCCUCCGUCUCCGCAAAUGAACUCUCGCAUUUCUCCGCCCUCGCCAGCAGCUGGUGGGAUCCCGUCGGCCCUUCGCGCAUCCUCCAUCUCAUGAACCCCCUCCGCCAUGACUUCAUCGCCUCCUGCCUGGCCGAGUCCCUGCCCGCGCCUCGUCAGACCACACCCACCACCACUAACACCCUMCGCUACCUCGACGUCGGCUGCGGCGGCGGCAUCUUCGCUGAGUCCCUCGCCCGCACAAUCCCCACCUCCGCUUCGUCACCGACAACCCAAACCCGCGCGGGCUCAAUCACAGCCAUCGAUCCCUCCCCAACCCUCAUCAAGAUCGCGCGAGAGCACGCCCGCCUCGACCCAAAUGUAGAUUCCCACCUCCGUACCGGCCGCUUCAGCUACCAGAACCGCACCCUCGAGGACCUCGUCGCGGAGGUCCUCCGCCAAGAUACCCCGAGCACCAACUCCGUACCCGAGACAGCGACGGAGGCCCAAGCAGACAGGAAAUUCGACGUCGUGACCCUCUUCGAGGUCCUCGAGCAUGUCGACUCAAGCGCGGGUUCCUCGCCCCUCGCGUUCCUGACAGACUGCCUUCGACUCGUCAGACCGGGCGGCUGGCUGAUCGGGUCGACGAUCGCGCGCACCCUGCCCUCGUGGCUGGUGAACCAGGUGAUCGCCGAAGCGCCGUGGCCGAUUGGCGUCGUGCCCCGCGGAACGCAUGAAUGGAGCAAGUUUGUGAAUCCUGAUGAGCUGGAGGGGUGGAUUCAGGAGGGGUUGAUGCGGAGUGUGGAUGGGGCUGCGGCGCGUGCGGGCAGUGAUGCGCUGCAGGGUAUGAAGUGGAAAUGUACGGGUGUCAUGUACUUCCCUGGCUUAGGGUGGAAGUUGGUUCCCGGGUCGGAGAGUUGGGGCAACUACUUCUGGGCUGUGCGGAAGGGUGGAUGCUGA